AUUCUGUCGCAAAUAUGUAGAAAUUUUGACACCAACCUUCGUAUAUCACACAUAGUAUCGCUGCAACAAGAUCGUUACUUCUCUAAAUUACACCAUGCCCCCGUCCGAAUCUCGCUUCACAUCACAAAAUAAGACAACGCAGGAGCGCAUAUCUACCAAUACCGUCGGAUUGGUAGCGUUGUCUGACUUUCGCAAACGACGUGCCGAAGUACUUGAGCAGCAAGAACGCGAAGUGCGAGAAGCUAUCGUUACUGGGUCUCCUCUAGAUACUCCCGACCGUUCUCGUACCGGCACCCCAGAUGAUACUAGCGACCCCCCCAAUCCACGCAAAAAGAAAUUGAAGAAGGAGAAAAAGUUGGCUAAGACUGGUGGGGCUAAAUUGUCCUUCGGAGAUGAUGACGAAGAUACCACUGGCAAUGACAACGGAGGAGAUGGGCGGGACGACCACGGGGAAUCUCGAGAGAAGAAGCUCAAGUUCAAAGCAAACUCGUCUGUCUCGGUUGUUCCACGUUCGGUAACUAAAUCAGCUCUCCGCCGGGAGGCAGCGGAAAGAGAAGCCCUACGACGCGAAUUCCUGGCCCGCCAAGAAGCAGUCAAGAUGACCGAAAUUGCGAUUCCUUUCGUGUUUUAUGAUGGCACCGAUAUCCUUGGGGGUGUUGUCCGUGUUAAGAAAGGAGAUUUUGUCUGGGUAUUCCUUGACAAAAGCAGGAAGGUCGGUGCCGAUUUAGGUGUAGGUGAAAAGGCGAAUGCGAGAAGGGAAUGGGCACGAGUCGGAGUGGACGAUCUAAUGAUGGUUCGAGGAAACAUAAUUAUUCCGCACCAUUUUGACUUCCUGUUCUUUAUCAUGAACAAAGCCGUUGGCCCUACUGGUAAACUGCUUUUCGACUAUCUUGCUGAAGUACCGGAACUAGCCUCGUCCCAGGAUGUUAAAGGUGAGCAAGGGCAGGCUAAACAGCCAUGCCAAAUUGUUAGAUCAACCAGAACGCAAUCGGAUAUAGGUGAGCUCGAGGGUGCCUCAGACGACCCAGCUUUCACCAAGGUGGUUGACCGAAGAUGGUAUGAGCGGAAUAAGCAUAUAUACCCCGCUAGUGUCUGGCAGGAGUUCGACCCAGAGAAAGAUUAUCAGAAGGAAGUGAGACGUGAUCUCGGCGGGAAUACGUUCUUUUACUCCUGAACAUCUGGGCGGGCCUCACUGACCAGUUAGCCAUUCUUCGACCUCGACCCCGAUAAGCCCGCGUAGAGGAAUAGCUGCAAGUUCAUAUACG